AUGAAAUUUCAUGGGUUUCUUGGUUCUGUGGCUUGCGCGGUAGACGAGGAUUACAUCAAUGACAGGUUCAACUUAACGGGCCUGAGUGAGCAGGUUCCGCACUACAGGCAUGCUCUUGAAAUGAUUCUUGAUUCAGAGCCUGGAACUACAACGUAUUAUUUAGAUGAAGAGAUCAACAAUGCAGAAAGUGAACUUGUGGAACAAGCUGCAGAAAUGUUAUACGGAUUAAUUCAUGCAAGAUAUAUUUUAACAGACCGUGGGAUAACUCAGAUGAUGGAUAAAUGGAAUAACGGCGAUUUUGGUUUUUGUCCACGAGUCUACUGCGAAAGCCAAAAGUUUUUGCCAAUCGGUCUAUCAGACGUACCAGGCGAGGCAAUGGUGAAACUGUACUGUCCAAAAUGCAUGGAUGUUUAUACUCCGCGAAAUGUAAGAAACCAACACACAGAUGGAGCGUACUUUGGAACAGGAUUCCCUCACAUGUUUUUUUUUGCCCAUCCUGAAGUGCGACCAGGAUUACCUUCAGCUCACUUUGUUCCUCGACUGUAUGGUUUCAAGAUCCAUAAGAAAGCUUGCGGCUUUCUUCAAGAUAGCUCUAAGGGACGGAAGAAAGUAAACUGA